AUGGACAACGGACCAUUAGUUGGAUUUUUCGCUGUCGUGAUUGCCUGCUUCCUCUCCGGAUUUGCUGGAAUAUAUUUUGAGAAGAUCUUAAAAGGUUCUGCACCAGUGUCUUUGUGGAUGCGCAAUGUGCAGAUGUGUGUCUUUGCAAUACCAUCGUCCUUUGCUGGUGUCAUGUGGCAGGUAGGUAGAGGCGCAUAG